ACAGGCUCUCAGUCGCCUAUAAAAGCCGAUGACCAGGCCGAAGUUAACUUGUGUAAAAUCAGCUAUCGACAGGAGCAAACCUAAGCCUACCUACUCACAAAUAUCCUACAUAAUGCUGUACAAAAUUGUAUUGUUUGUGGCCCUGAUCAGUCUGGCUCAAGCAGGCUUACUGCCCACGAAAACAUCCGGAAGUGACGACACCUAUGAAGCCCAUCCACACUACUCCUUCAACUAUGAUGUUCAGGAUGCCGAGACUGGAGAUGUAAAGUCCCAAUCGGAAUCUCGGGACGGUGAUGUGGUCCGUGGUCAGUACUCUGUUAACGACGCCGAUGGCUAUAGACGAACUGUGGAUUACACCGCCGACGAUGUCAGUGGCUUCAACGCGGUGGUGCGUCGUGAACCACUCUCUAGUGCUGCGGUGAUUGUGCAGCCAAAGACUGCCAUUGUGGCUCCUAAAGUUCAGUUCCAGCCUCUGAAGAAGUUGCCACCUCUGAAGCCUCUAUCCCAGGCAUCUGCUGUGGUCCAUCGAUCCUAUGCUCCGGUGAUCCACCAUGCUCCCGUCACCCAUGUGGUGCACCACGCAGCUCCAGCGCACUCAUAUGUUUCCCACCACGUUCCGUUGCUGAAGACCUCCUUGCACCACACUCAUCAUCCACAUGCCAUUUCUUAUGUUUUCUAA